AUGAGCGAACCACGGUCCACAUUAAAGAUCCCACAUGAGGUACACUUAAACAAACCAGUCGUAAGCGACGUCCCUAAAAACAAUGCCCAAAAAGUGACAACAUUGGGUGGCUUUAUUGCCGGUGGUGUUGCCGCGUGUGGAGCAGUGACUUUUACCAAUCCUAUUGAGUUGGUUAAAACUAGAAUGCAAUUACAAGGUGAACUAUCAAAGCUGAAAGGACAGGCGAAACUAUAUAAGAACCCACUCCAAGCUUUUGCAACAAUUUACAAACAUGAGGGAAUCAAAGGAUUACAACAAGGAUUGAUGUGUGGGUAUUUUUACCAACUUGGCUUAAAUGGAUGCAGAAUUGGGCUUUACGAACCUAGUCGAUAUUAUCUCACAAAGAUGUUUGCCCCUUCGAAAAUCCAGAAUGGCCAUGUUCCACAAAAUUUACUAAUCAAUGUCGUUGCUGGAUUUGUGUCUGGGUCAGCUGGCGCUGUCUUAGCCUCUCCAUUCUUCUUGGUCAAAACCAGAAUGCAAUCGUAUUCUAAAACCGGUGCAGUGGGACAACAGACGUAUUAUAGUGGUGCAUUAGAUGGGUUGACGCUGAUUUAUAGAGCAGAAGGUUUCAAAGGAUUAUACAGAGGAGUUGACGCCGCCAUUUUGAGAACUGGUGCUGGAUCAGCAGCCCAAUUACCAGUAUACAACUUGACCAAGAAUUUUGUAUUGAAACAUCACAUUGCAAAGGACAACACCUUGCUAUUGCAUUUCAUCAGUGCGUCAAUGGCAGGUCUAGGCGUAGCAAUAGUGAUGAAUCCAUGGGAUGUUGUAUUGACAAGAAUGUACAACCAGAAGGGGAACUUGUACAAGGGUCCUUUGGACUGCUUCAGAAAAACAAUUUCUAUUGAAGGUCCAAUGGCCUUGUACAAAGGUUUCUGGGCUCAAUUAUUUAGAGUUGGACCUCAUAGUAUAUUGACAUUGAUAUUCAUGGAACAUUGCAUGAAAGCUAUGGUUAAGAUUGAGCAUAGAUUAGGAUUGGAUCCUGUUUGA